AGAGAGAGAGAUCAUAGAAAGUGAAUCUCAUGUUUGUUAUGUGAGAGAUACUGGCGCGCUUGGUCUCACACAUAAGUUACAAUGUUGCGCAAACCAAAUAGGCUCCGGAACAAAACAGUCCAAAACGGAGAGGAUCCGGCUCAAAUUAAGCACUGAUGACGAGACUUCAGAUGAUGGUGGUGGGGAGAUUUUUAGUCGUCGGCAACUGUUGCUGUACCACAGCAAGUGAGCGAAUGAGGGGACGUGAACAUUGUCUACUUUCUUUAGUAAUGGCGGGGGGAAUCUGCUGGCUCGUCUUCUCGUACUGUGCAUCCGUGUCUCUCAACCAGGUGCAUCACCAGGUUGUGCUGAAUCACAGAUUACAGAGCAAGCAAGCCAAACUGAUGGAACCAGUAUACACUCGUUUUCUCCGGGACUUCUUAGAGUCAGCCGAGAAGCACUUCAUGGUGGGGCUGGACGUGCARUACUACGUGUUCACCGACCUGCCCGGCGACGUGCCCGACAACGUGACUCUGGGUGUCGGCAGACUGCUCAGCAUUGUGAGGGUGCCGAAGUUCGACCGCUGGCAGGAGAUAUCCCUCCGCCGCAUGGAGCUCAUCCAGGGCCCAGCAUCCAACCGGUUCUACAUGMAKCCCCGGAGCCAGUACCCCUACGAGCGGAGGACCAUCUCCACAGCCUACAUACCCCAGGACCAGGGAGACUUCUACUACCAGGCCAACAUAUUCGGAGGAGCGUUYGAGGAUAUUCACCGGCUGACCAAGACGUGCAGGGAGCACCUGGAGGUGGAUAAGUCAAUGGGUGUGGAGGCUGUGUGGCAGGAAGAGAGUCACCUGAAUUGGUACCUGUUGAGGAACAAGCCCACCAAGCUCCUGUCACCGGAGUAUGUUUGGGACGACGCUAAAGGACAGGAUGCCAAGGAGAUAAAACUGGUCCGCUUCUCCUCUGUCAUUAAGAACAAGGCAGAGGUCAGGGAGAACAUCUGAGAGGAGAGAAAGAAUAUUUGUCUUUGACACAAGCUGCAGGGAAGAGCGGAGAAACGUGGAGAGGAUGGAAGGAGGAGAGGAUGGAAGGAGGAGAGGAUGGAAGGAGGAGAGGAUGG